AUGUCGCUCGCGGUGGACAUCCACGACCACGUCGAGCGCAGACUCGCCGCUCUGCUCAAGCUGCUGCCCCAGUCAGCCCAGACUAGGAUCCCUCCAGUAGUGCACGACAACCUGGUGCCUCUGUUCCUGUUCACGGUCGCCGUCGUGGCCGCCAGCUACCUCCUCACCUCCUCGCUCCUCGCGGCGCCGCCGAAGAAGGCCGCCCCCGCAAAGCGCCGAAAGAGCAAGCGGAGGGAGGGCACGGUGACGUGCGAGGAGGUCGCUAAGCAUACCAGCAGAGACGACGUGUGGGUGAUCAUCAAGGACCAGGACACGGGCGAGCACCGCGUGUACGACAUCACGGACGAGGUCGACGAGCACCCCGGCGGCGACACUAUCCUCAACAACGCAGGGACGGACACCACGGAGGGUUUCCACGGGCCGCAGCACCCGGGCCGCGUGUUCGACAUGAUCGAGGACCACUUCGUCGCCCCGCUCGCGGACCCCGAAAACAUCGCCAAGUUCAAACCGGCCGCCAAGUGA